GCAGGAGGCGGCGGGGGUUUGGGCGCGGGACACUGCAGGGCAAUGGCCGGUGGGUCUCCUGCUCUUUUUGCUCUUCCAGGUCUGCCGGGAUAGCAGGAAACAUCCUUUGUGUCACAGGAGCCUCUCCAGAUGGCCCAGGAGGCUUUAGCAUCUUGGCGUGUCCUGUGAGGCGCGUUACCUCGUGUCUCCCUGCCAUCAAUGUCUCACUUUAAAAAUCAUGGAGCUGGGAAAGGCAAAGCUUCUGCGAACCGGCCUCAAUGCCUUGUGCCAAGCAAUCCACCCCGUGCACGGGCUUGCUUGGACGGACGGGAAGCAGGUGAUCCUGACCGCGUUACACCUUCACAAUGGGGAGCCCAAAUUCGGUGACUCGAGCGUUUUUGGUCAGUUUGAGCACGUCCAUGGGCUGUACUGGGGCCCGUGUGCCCCCGAGGCCCCAGCCCUGCUCACGGUGCAGCACAAGAAGCACAUCACCAUUUGGCAGCUCUGCUUCAGCGGCGCCGAUAGGAGCAACCUCCUGGUGUCUCAGAUCUGCGACAUCAGCGAGCCGUACCCCGUGCUGCCCCAGGGCUGCGUGUGGCACCCCAGCAAGCAGGUCUUGGCCGUGCUGACCACCCGGGACGCCUCCGUCUUACCCUCCGUCCACCUCAACAACUCCAGAAUUAGCGCGGAGAUCAAAGGCAGCGGCCUCGUCCACUGUGCCUGUUGGACCAAGGAAGGAAAUCGCCUGGUUGUGGGGGUGGGCAGUGCCCUUCACUCCUACAUUUGGGAUGAUGAUCAGAAAACACUGAAUGCUUGUUCUUUCUGCCCAAUCUUUGAUGUGGGAGGCUACAUCUGUGCCGUGGAGGCGACGCAGAAUUUCCAGGUUGCCGUUGCCACUGAGCUCCCUCUGGACAAGAUCUGUGGCUUAAAUGCUGGUGUUGCAUUUGAAGUUCCGUCGAGCGUUGAAACCGAGUCCUUCCCCUCUCAGUCCAGCUUGUGCGGGGAGGAGGAGUGUUCUGUGGAUGGGGGGAAGAAGUCACUGGACUCUGAGAAACCCUUGUCUGUAGUGACAUCUCCCGUGGAUCUCACUCACAUACUUUCCAGCAAGCAGGGUGCUGAUUCCAGCCCUCUCCUUCACCUGAGGCCCAAGGACUACCUGACAGGAAGUGGCCAAGAUUCUUCACACCUCAUCCUGGUGACUUUUGAAAAAAGGGUUACCUCUACCAAAAAAGCCAGCAUCCCGGGAAUUCUGGUUCCUGACAUAAUGGCUUUUGACCCCAGGACUCAAACUGUAUCGGUUGCCUCCAAUACUUGUAAUGUUAUUUUAGUCUAUUCGCUGACUUCUUCCAAUUUACCCAAUAUUCAACAAAUUCAACUAGAGAAAAGUGAGAAACCAAAGGGUUUAUGCUUCUUGACCAAUAAACUGUUACUGAUCAUGGUUGGAAGCCAAAAAUUCAGUGACCCUGCGUUUCUUCCCUCUUCGAGGUCAGACAAAUACAUGAUCCGCUUGAUGAUUAAGAAACUGAUAUUUGAAAUGGGUCCUUCAACGUUUCCAUCAGUUAAUGGCAGUUCCAGUUUGAACCUCUCCAACAUUCCUCACAAUCCCUCUAGAGAUGUUCACCCCCUAAGCCGUGGGCUCCUGAUUCCGGAUCGCUCUCCCCUUCAGUCCCCUACGAGCCGAAGGAAACUCAUUGAAGAAAUCAAGAGUCCUGCUUACGAGGAAAACCUGGUGUUGAACAUGAGCAACUUCAAAGACAAAAAGUUUCCCCUGAACUUACCACCAGCCGUCGAGACUCUGGAUGCUGAACCCGUCAAUCGGACCGUGGCACUGUCUGCCGCCUUGAACAAGCCAACGUCUCCAAAAAGGCAGGCAGAGGCAGCUUCCAAAAUACCCAAUUCUUACAAGAAUAACCUGUUCACUGAAAAGGAGGCGAGUUACUUUUUGAAGAAUGUAGAAAAACUGUCUGGUAACUUCACGGAAUUGCAGCAGCACCUCUGUGAAUUAACUGAGCUGCUAAAAUCUGGGAAGAGGAGCCUUCCAGUGUAUCCGUCUUCUCAGGAGCCCUCUUUUAUUAACAUCACCUGCCAGAAGCAGCUUUCCAGGAGUGAUUCAGAUGAAAGUCGGGCCGUUCUUCUCUGUGGUGGUAAACUCUCCCUAAACAUCGUCCAGCAGAUAUUCAACCUCUCUCUUGUGGAAAUGCAGCAUGGUUCCUCGUGGAUCAUUCUCACGGCGGACAGCGAGGGCUUUGUCCCUCUGACGUUCGCGCCCGCGCAGGAGAUCGUCAUAAGAGAUGCCAGCGCAAAAGGCUACAGUGCCCGUUCUUCCAAAACCUUGGACAUCAUCAGCUCCACACAAGGGUGCAGAUCUGCUUCGUCUGAAAGCCUGGAUAUCACUUUGGAAGUCCUCAGGGACUGCUCCUCCAAGACCUUGGACAGCGGCAGCACUUCGGAACAGCCCGGCAAUAACGUGUAGUUUUUGGCAGUGAUUUUGCGAUGCCUCCCUGGUGAUGGGGGGCUUUUAUGUUUACUGUUUAGGACUGUGGGUUCUCAACAGCAGUCUCAAAUAUCUGUUGGGAUUUCUGAAAUUUUUUUUUUUGUUACAUUGUAAAUUAUUUCUUUGAUCCUUGGAAACAUUAACUUUUUUUUUUAUACUGAGCAGUGUUUUUUAACUAUACCUCUUGCAGUACAGACCAGCUCUUUGUACCAGCGGUUGAAAACACGCAUUCUUACAAAUUUCUGAGCUCAAGUUUCCAUCUUGGUCUUUAAUACAUUGGUGUUUUUAGACGAAUAGUAAACUUGGAUAAUAAAGAAAUCCUUGAAAAUGC